GGUUUCAGUUUUGGGAGACACUGAGGCUUCUCUGUCAGAGGGAGCUCUGGGGCCACAAGAAACUACAAUUCCCAGGAUUCCCUAGCACUCAGCCAGGGCAGUCCAAGCGGGCUCAAACCUCAGGGGGGUUGGGUCCCAUGCGUUGGAAGGCACACAACAACAACAACAAGAAGGCUGAGAGGGCCAGGGCCUUGAGGCCUAGCGCGGCCCGUUCUGCUCAGGCGGAACUCAAGUGCGGCAGGCUCUUGUUUCCAGCCGGAGCCUUGAAGGCGACGGACGCCUGGCUGGCUUUGGCUCAGAAGAAGGCGGCCGCAGCAGCAGCAGCAACAUGGAGCGAGUGACGGAGGGCGCCUGGGAGUCUCUGCCGGUGAAGCUCAGCCCUGGGGUCCGGAGGGCUCUGCAGGAGAUGGGCUUCUCUCACAUGACCCCCGUGCAGUCUGCAACCAUUCCCUUGUUUAUGACCAAUAAGGAUGUGGCUGCUGAAGCGGUGACUGGCAGCGGCAAAACGUUAGCUUUUGUCAUUCCCAUCAUUGAAAUUCUUCUCCGAAGGGAAGAAAAGCUUAGGAAAAAGCAGGUUGGUGCAAUUGUCAUCACACCCACAAGAGAACUCGCUGUUCAGAUAGAUGAAGUGAUAUCUCAUUUCACGAAACAUUUCCCCCAGUUUAGCCAGUGCCUUUUAAUUGGCGGAAAGAAUCCCAUGGAAGAUAUCGAAAGAUUCAAAGAGCAAGGUGGAAACAUCAUUGUAGCCACUCCAGGUCGCUUGGAAGACAUGUUCCGGAGGAAAUCAGAGGGGCUGGAUUUGGCCAGCUCUGUGAAAUCUCUUGACAUUCUAGUCUUGGAUGAAGCAGAUCGGCUUCUGGAUAUGGGCUUUGAAGCAAGUUUGAAUACCAUCCUGGACAUUUUGCCAAAGCAGAGACGGACAGGACUCUUUUCAGCAACUCAGACCCAAGAGGUUGAGAACCUAGUGAGAGCUGGCCUCCGCAACCCUGUCCGCAUCUCUGUGAAGGAGAAGGAUAUGGCAGCAAGCAACACACAGAAGACCCCUACCCGGCUCCAGAAUUUCUACAUGAUCUGCAAAGCAGAUGAGAAAUUUAACCAGUUAGUUCACUUCCUUCGUCAACACAAACCAGAAAAACAUCUUGUCUUUUUCAGUACUUGUGCCUGCGUGGAGUAUUAUGGGAAGGCUUUGGAAUGUUUGAUUAAGAAUGUGAAAAUAAUGUGCAUCCAUGGGAAAAUGAAACACAAACGGAAUAAGAUCUUUAUGGAAUUCAGGAAACUUGCAAGUGGCAUUCUGGUUUGCACUGAUGUGAUGGCCCGGGGCAUCGACAUUCCAGAAGUGAAUUGGGUUUUGCAGUAUGAUCCUCCAAGUAAUGCAAGUGCUUUUGUGCAUCGCUGUGGCCGCACAGCACGCAUUGGCCACUUGGGCAGCGCACUUGUCUUCCUGCUUCCCAUGGAAGAAGCUUAUGUAAAUUUUCUAGCUAUUAACCAAAAGUGUCCCAUGCAGGAAAUGAAGCUUCAGAAUAAUGUGGCGGAUGUCCUCCCCAAACUGAAGUCUCUGAGUUUAGCUGACAGAGCUGUAUACGAGAAAGGGAUGAAGGCAUUUGUGUCUUACGUGCAGGCCUACGCCAAGCAUGAGUGCAAUUUGAUCUUCCGGCUAAAAGACCUGGACUUUACCAGCCUGGCCCAAGGCUUUGCUUUGCUGAAGAUGCCAAGGAUGCCAGAGCUAAAAGGCAAAUGUUUCCCAGAUUUCACACCGGUUGAUAUUGACACAGACUUGAUUGCAUACCAAGACAAGAACAGAGAAAAACAGAGACAGAAAUUUCUGGAGCAGCAAAGGACAGAGUGGCAGGAACAGGGAAGGAGGAAAAAAUUUACCAAGAAUAAGGCCUGGUCCAAACAGAAAGCCAAGAAGGAGAAGAAGAAGAAAAUGACAGCCAAACGGAAAAGAGAAGAGGGGUCCGAUGUAGAAGAUGUUGAUAUGGAGGAGCUAUUGAAGGACACACGACUCCUGAAAAGGCUAAAGAAAGGCAAAAUCAGCGAGGAAGAGUUUGAGAAGAAACUAUUGUGCAGCACUCGGGAAGCUCAGACAGAAACCAUAGAUGGCUCAGGCUCUGAAGGAUAAAACAUCAGUUGUGAGAAUUUGUCCUUUGGGUCGCAUUAAAACAGACUCUUUCCUAUGUAA